GCGGGCGGCGCGGGCACGGGCGCGGGCGGCGCGGCGGGGAGGCGGCCAGCGCAGUCCAGCGAAGUUUGGCGGAACAUGGCGGAAGCGCCCGGGGCACGCAGGAGCGCGGCGCGGCGGCGGCCGGAGCCGGAGGAGCUGUAGCAGCCUUAGUCGCCGCCGCCGCGGGGCGAGGUCGCCGCCAUGGCCCGCUGGAUCCCGACCAAGAGGCAGAAGUACGGGGUUGCGAUCUAUAACUACAAUGCUUCUCAAGAUGUGGAGCUCUCCUUGCAGAUUGGCGACACAGUUCACAUCCUGGAGAUGUACGAGGGUUGGUACAGAGGAUAUACCCUCCAAAAUAAAUCUAAAAAGGGCAUUUUCCCUGAAACGUAUAUCCAUUUGAAAGAGGCAACUGUGGAAGACCUGGGGCAGCAUGAAACCGUGAUUCCUGGUGAGCUCCCCCUGGUGCAGGAGCUCACGUCCACUCUGCGAGAAUGGGCUGUCAUCUGGCGAAAGCUCUACGUGAACAACAAGCUCACCCUCUUCCGCCAGCUGCAGCAGAUGACGUACAGCCUGAUUGAGUGGCGGUCCCAGAUCCUGUCUGGUACGCUCCCCAAGGACGAACUGGCAGAGCUCAAGAAGAAAGUCACAGCCAAAAUUGAUCAUGGGAACAGAAUGCUGGGGUUAGAUCUGGUGGUGCGAGAUGACAACGGGAACAUCCUAGACCCUGACGAAACCAGCACCGUUGCCCUCUUCAAGGCCCACGAGGUGGCCUCCAAAAGGAUUGAGGAGAAGAUCCAAGAAGAGAAGUCAAUCCUGCAGAACCUCGACUCGCGGGGCCAGUCCAUCUUCAGUACCAUCCACACCUAUGGCCUCUAUGUGAACUUCAAGAACUUUGUCUGCAACAUCGGGGAAGAUGCAGAGUUGUUUAUGGCCCUCUAUGACCCAGACCAGUCCACUUUCAUCAGUGAGAACUAUCUAAUUCGUUGGGGCAGUAACGGGAUGCCUAAGGAAAUAGAGAAGCUCAAUAACCUCCAAGCAGUGUUUACUGACCUCAGCAGCAUGGACCUCAUCCGGCCCCGUGUCAGCCUCGUGUGCCAGAUUGUCCGCGUGGGCCACAUGGAGCUGAAGGAAGGCAAGAAGCACACCUGUGGACUCCGAAGACCUUUUGGAGUGGCAGUGAUGGAUAUUACUGAUAUCAUACAUGGGAAGGUAGAUGAUGAAGAAAAGCAGCAUUUUAUUCCCUUUCAGCAAAUUGCGAUGGAAACCUACAUCCGCCAGAGGCAGCUCAUCAUGUCACCUUUGAUAACAUCACAUGUGACUGGGGAGAAUGAGCCACUCACUUCAGUCUUGAAUAAAGUGAUUGCAGCAAAGGAAGUGAAUCACAAAGGGCAAGGACUUUGGGUAUCCUUGAAGCUCUUGCCAGGUGACCUCACACAGGUUCAGAAGAAUUUUUCACACUUGGUUGAUAGAUCAACAGCAAUAGCCCGGAAGAUGGGCUUUCCUGAAAUCAUACUGCCAGGAGAUGUUCGGAAUGACAUUUAUGUCACCCUGAUCCAUGGCGAGUUUGACAAAGGGAAGAAGAAGACGCCAAAGAAUGUGGAGGUGACGAUGUCUGUGCACGAUGAGGAAGGCAAGCUCUUGGAGAAAGCAAUUCACCCCGGUGCUGGAUAUGAAGGCAUUUCAGAAUACAAAUCAGUAGUCUAUUACCAAGUCAAGCAGCCCUGUUGGUAUGAGACUGUCAAGGUAUCCAUUGCUAUAGAAGAGGUCACACGCUGCCAUAUAAGAUUUACCUUCCGACACAGGUCAUCUCAGGAAUCCAGAGAUAAAUCGGAGCGAGCAUUUGGGGUGGCCUUCGUGAAGCUGAUGAACCCGGAUGGCACCACUCUGCAGGAUGGGAGGCACGAUCUGGUGGUUUAUAAGGGUGACAACAAAAAAAUGGAAGAUGCUAAAUUCUACCUGACCCUGCCUGGGACCAAGAUGGAGAUGGAAGAAAAAGAACUUCAAGCAUCCAAAAACCUGGUCACCUUCACCCCAAGCAAGGAUAGCACUAAAGACAGCUUUCAGAUUGCCACCCUCAUCUGCUCCACAAAGCUCACCCAGAACGUUGACCUGUUAGGUUUGUUAAAUUGGCGUUCCAACUCCCAGAACAUUAAACACAACCUAAAGAAGUUAAUGGAAGUGGAUGGAGGAGAGAUUGUUAAGUUUUUGCAAGAUACACUAGAUGCACUUUUUAACAUAAUGAUGGAAAUGUCAGACAGUGAAACCUAUGACUUCCUUGUGUUUGAUGCACUGGUAUUUAUUAUUUCACUGAUAGGAGACAUCAAGUUCCAGCAUUUUAAUCCUGUACUUGAAACUUACAUUUACAAGCACUUCAGUGCCACUUUGGCAUACGUGAAACUCUCCAAGGUACUGAACUUCUAUGUGGCUAAUGCGGAUGACUCCAGCAAGACUGAAUUGCUUUUUGCUGCAUUGAAAGCCUUGAAGUACUUGUUUAGAUUCAUCAUCCAAUCUCGAGUGCUCUACUUGAGAUUUUAUGGCCAGAGCAAAGAUGGAGAUGAGUUUAAUGAUUCAAUCCGCCAGUUAUUUCUUGCUUUCAAUAUGCUGAUGGACAGGCCUCUGGAGGAAGCCGUCAAGAUCAAGGGGGCAGCUUUGAAGUACCUUCCUAGCAUAAUUAAUGACGUCAAACUUGUAUUUGAUCCUGUUGAGCUCAGUGUGCUCUUCUGCAAAUUCAUUCAAAGCAUUCCUGACAACCAGCUGGUUCGGCAGAAACUUAACUGCAUGACCAAGAUAGUAGAGAGUGCUCUUUUUCGACAGUCAGAGUGCAGAGAAGUGCUGCUGCCGCUGCUGACAGACCAGCUCAGUGGCCAGUUAGAUGACAACUCCAGCAAGCCUGACCACGAGGCAAGCUCGCAGCUUCUGAGCAACAUCCUGGAGGUGCUGGACAGGAAGGAUGUGGGCGCUACUGCAAUGCACAUUCAGCUUAUAAUGGAACGGCUGCUGAGAAGGAUCAACCGGACAGUGAUUGGGAUGAGCCGGCAGUCUCCCCACAUCGGGAGUUUUGUGGCUUGCAUGAUUGCCAUCCUGCAGCAAAUGGACGACAGCCACUAUAGCCACUACAUCAGCACUUUCAAAACCAGACAAGACAUCACUGACUUCCUCAUGGAAACUUUUAUCAUGUUCAAGGACCUGAUUGGAAAAAAUGUCUAUGCCAAAGAUUGGAUGGUGAUGAAUAUGACUCAGAACAGGGUUUUUCUCCGUGCUAUAAAUCAGUUUGCUGAAGUUCUCACAAGAUUCUUCAUGGAUCAGGCAAGCUUUGAACUUCAGCUCUGGAACAAUUACUUCCAUUUGGCAGUAGCAUUUCUCACCCAUGAGUUCCUUCAGCUUGAAACCUUCUCACAAGCCAAGCGCAACAAAAUUGUUAAAAAAUAUGGGGACAUGAGAAAGGAAAUCGGCUUUAGAAUCCGGGACAUGUGGUAUAACCUGGGUCCCCAUAAAAUCAAAUUCAUCCCAUCCAUGGUGGGUCCCAUUCUGGAGGUCACUCUGACCCCCGAAGUAGAGCUCCGGAAAGCCACAAUCCCCAUUUUCUUUGAUAUGAUGCAGUGUGAGUUCAAUUUCAGUGGAAAUGGCAAUUUCCAUAUGUUUGAGAACGAGCUGAUCACAAAGCUGGACCAGGAGGUAGAAGGAGGCAGAGGAGACGAACAAUACAAGGUUCUUCUGGAAAAACUGCUCCUAGAACAUUGCCGGAAACACAAAUACCUCUCCAGCUCUGGGGAGGUCUUUGCCCUCCUGGUCAGCAGCCUCUUAGAGAACCUGCUGGACUACAGAACCAUCAUCAUGCACGAUGAGAGCAAGGAGAACCGUAUGAGCUGCACUGUGAAUGUGCUGAACUUUUAUAAAGAAAAGAAGAGAGAGGACAUAUACAUAAGAUAUCUGUACAAGCUUCGAGAUUUGCACCGAGACUGUGAGAACUACACAGAAGCUGCCUACACCCUUCUCUUGCACGCUGAGCUUCUGCAGUGGUCUGACAAGCCCUGUGUGCCUCAUUUACUUCAGAGGGACAGUUACUAUGUUUAUACCCAGCAAGAGCUUAAAGAGAAGCUGUAUCAAGAAAUCAUAUCGUAUUUUGACAAAGGCAAAAUGUGGGAGAAAGCCAUCAAACUGAGCAAAGAGUUGGCCGAGACUUACGAAAGCAAAGUAUUUGACUACGAGGGCCUUGGCAACCUCCUGAAAAAAAGGGCCUCGUUUUAUGAGAACAUCAUUAAGGCAAUGAGGCCUCAGCCUGAGUACUUUGCUGUUGGAUACUAUGGACAGGGCUUCCCUUCUUUCCUGCGGAAUAAAAUCUUCAUCUACCGGGGAAAGGAGUAUGAGAGGCGAGAGGACUUCAGCCUGAGGUUGCUAACCCAGUUCCCCAAUGCGGAGAAGAUGACCAGCACCACGCCUCCUGGGGAAGACAUCAAGUCCUCCCCCAAGCAGUACAUGCAGUGCUUCACCGUAAAGCCAGUGAUGAGCUUGCCGCCCAGCUACAAGGAUAAACCGGUUCCGGAGCAGAUCCUAAACUACUACAGAGCCAAUGAAGUGCAGCAGUUCAGAUACUCCCGGCCGUUCCGGAAAGGAGAAAAGGAUCCAGACAACGAAUUUGCUACGAUGUGGAUUGAACGGACCACGUAUACGACUGCAUAUACCUUUCCUGGGAUUCUCAAGUGGUUUGAAGUCAAACAGAUUUCAACAGAGGAGAUCAGUCCUCUGGAGAAUGCCAUCGAAACCAUGGAGCUGACCAAUGAGAGGAUCAGCAACUGUGUUCAACAGCACGCCUGGGACCGGUCCCUUUCUGUGCACCCCCUCUCCAUGCUGCUCAGUGGCAUCGUGGACCCGGCUGUCAUGGGGGGCUUCUCCAACUAUGAAAAGGCUUUCUUUACAGAAAAGUACUUGCAGGAGCAUCCUGAAGACCAGGAGAAGGUUGAGCUGCUAAAGCGACUAAUAGCAUUACAGUGUGGAGUCAUAUGUUUUCAGCCACCCAACUUGAGGGAGAGGAAGCAAAGCCGCACGGGGUCUAUUGUGCUGCCCUACAUCAUGUCUUCCACUCUGCGGAGGCUGUCCAUCACCUCAGUCACGUCCUCUGUGGUUUCCACCUCUUCAAACUCAUCUGACAAUGCUCCUUCCAGACCCGGAUCUGAUGGCUCGAUCCUGGAGCCACUUUUGGAGCGCAGGGCCUCGUCAGGUGCCAGAGUUGAAGAUUUGUCCCUCAGAGAGGAGAACAGCGAGAACCGGAUCAGCAAGUUUAAGAGAAAAGACUGGAGUCUGAGCAAGUCCCAGGUCAUUGCAGAGAAAGCACCAGAACCUGAUUUGAUGAGCCCAACCAGAAAAGCACAAAGGCCAAAGAGUCUCCAGCUGAUGGAUAAUCGGCUGUCACCAUUUCACGGUUCUUCACCUCCUCAGUCAACGCCCUUGAGCCCACCUCCACUCACUCCCAAAGCCACCAGGACCCUAAGCUCCCCAUCAUUGCAAACAGAUGGAAUCGCGGCCACUCCUGUCCCACCUCCACCUCCCCCCAAAAGCAAGCCCUAUGAGGGCAGCCAGAGGAACUCCACUGAGCUCGCUCCCCCACUGCCUGCACGAAGAGAAGCCAAAGCACCACCCCCUCCACCUCCAAAGGCUCGGAAGUCUGGCAUCCCUACUUCCGAGCCUGGAUCCCAGUAAGGAUCUUGCCCUCUCUGCAACACCGAGUGCCUUAGACAGCUGCUGCCUGAGAACUGGCCUCCAGCCGAUGUCCUCAUUCCACGGGGCUCCCUGCUGGCUGCGUUUCCUGAUCUGGGAUGAUGUUUACCAGCUCAAAACCGGUUAUGUUCUUCCAAAAGCUUCUCUUUGAUAGAAGUUUGAGGCCAUGCCACCUCCCUUCCAGUCCACAUGAAAUUCCAGAAUCAGUCACAGCCUCUGAAUUUCUCAAAGAAGAGAUCGCAUUCAGCAUUGUUAAAUGUCAGCCUGUACCGCAGAGACAUGGUGGUCUGCUCAAGCCUGGACAAGUUCUUCCACAUUGAUGGUGGAAUCUCCUCGGAAGGAUUUGUUGCUUUAUGAAAAGCUGUGCUGGAGACUUAGGUACUUUUCUCACGUGGACACACCCAUCCCAUCCCAUAUCGUAUCUUGGAAGAGAUGGAUAUCAAAUACACUUUGGUAGCUGAAAUAAUCUUAUCUUUCUGAUGUCUAUCGUGUCUCCUUUGAGGAAAAGAACACACAUUUUUAAUGGAGAUUGGCUGCUUUCAGGUAUGUGUGGCUGUCAUUGAAAGAGCAUGGACUCAAACGUGAGCUCUGAGUUCUUGUGUCCACCCAACUCCCAUCUUCUUGUGGCAUAGGAAAGCUGCCGUCUCCCUGUCUCACCACACUCUUGACUAAUGACCCUCAUGGCACCGCAGUCAUUCCUUCCCUACGGACUUCUUUGAAGCUCUUCCUUUUGCACAUACGGUUUUUUUUUUUUUUUUUUUUUUUUUUGUCCUGUUACCUCCUCUGAGCGCAAAUCACUGGCUACAAGGGACUUACCAGUCUGGAUUCAGCAGCUUCUUUUCCAGAACCCAUUUGGAUGACUCAGCAGCCCCAUCUGCUACCUGAUUUUACCCUGGAGAACACAGUGCAAUAUUUCUCUUUGAUUAUUUAUUCCUCUUGAUUGUGGAAUUAAUUUGAUUGCUUGCUAAUGGUACUAAUAGUACUCCUUUCAGAAGAAAAAAAUGGAGUGAUUUAGGUGACCAAAUAUUACAUACAUAAAUAGCCACAUGAAGUUUUAGACGUUUGGAGCUGGAAGCCUCAAAGAUCAACCAACCAGCCUCCUUAUUUAGUAAAUGAGGAAAUUGAGGCUACACAUAGAAAAUUGUACUACAGAUUCUUACUGAUAACCCAGCUUGCUAAAUUAGGCUAUACCCAGGUAACUUCUAGAAGACAACUCUGACAAACUCUUUAAUAUUUACCCCCUGUUGGAACAAUAUUUGAAAUGUCCCAGGUAUUUCUAUGCUACUUAGAUAUUUGUGGCAAAGCAGAAAGCUUUUUGACUGUGAAUGCAAAGGUCAACACUGGAGGAAACUUGCUAGCAGUCUCUCCCACAACGUUGCCCAGAGUCCUUUCCACUAAGGAGGAGAAGAGAACAGAGAAAGAGAUUUCCAUUUCCGCUGCCAGAGCUGGCAUUUGCCCGCCUAUCGUCUGUGUUUCCUGUUUCACCGCCACCCUUUUAGGAGAGAACUACCAGUUCAUCAUGAGGGUCAAGGAAGCAAAAAGCUCUCAGAGAUGUCCAAGGCAUUACUUAAGAAAUGUGUAUUGCAGAUUCUAGAAGGGGUGUGGAAAAGGUUAUCCUUUACCCCCACCCAGUAGAACCUGCAGUGUGCUCGCAUGGAAAAAUCAUGGGCUUUGGAAUUAAACCUAUUUGGUGGAAUUAAACCCAUUUGGUUUCAAAUCCCAGUUAUGACAUCUAUUAACUUUGCAAACUCACACAAAUUAUUUGAAAUUAUCUGAGUUUUCAUUUUCUCACCUUCCAGAACGGGGAUAAUGCCUCCUGCAUGGGUUGUUGUGAGGUUUCAAUGAGAUGAAAUAUGGGAAGGAAGAGGUACUCACCUGAUGGUCCUUGCUUUUCUCUGCUAGGCCUGAGUAGGAACUGGAACUCUCUUAAGAGCAUUACUGAUACUUUUUUUUUUCUUCCAAAGUAGUUUGGAAUGCGAGUGCAAGUUAGUUCUGCACAUGUAGCCCUUCUCCAAAUGGUGGUUUCCUUUGAAGCCUUUUACAUGAAUAUUUUUGACUAGAGACAAACUUAGUAAGAACUCAAGAGGAUUUUAAAUGGAAAGAACUCAAGCUGUAGAGAAAGGAGGAGGCAACAGAAAGAUAUGUAGGGCUUACCUAGAGCCUGGCAUGACUUCUGAGAAGUCACCCAGCAGACCGGCUAGAGGGGAUUUGUGUGCCACACUCUACUUUCUGGGCUGCCAUUAAAAUAGAAAGAUAUAAACUGGAUCACCAAAAAAACCAAACCUCAAGGCUAUCCUUCCAGAGCAGUAGAAAUGAGUCCCACAGCCUCGUCUUUGAGCAGAGGCUGGGAAGAUAGGAUACAUCACUGUCUGGAUACCUUCUCUUUUUAAUAGAACAUAUUCCAUAUGAUUUCCUUUCCACCUUAAUGGAAAUAAUAGCUCUCUCCUGCCUGAACAAAAGGGAUUCCAGGUAGUAUUGUGGCUAAGAGAUUACAGCGGACGAUGGAAGGUUCAUUUUUUAGGGAAGCUGUUGGGUAGGAAGAGUCACAUUUGACAAAAUUCAUAAGUAAUGUUGAUGUCUGUCCUGAAGUCAAAGAGGAUGACUGUAAAGAAACACCUCAUGAUUACAUUAAAUAUAAGAGAUAAGGAGCAAGGAGGAAAAAAGAGAAAGAAUUGGUCUUUAUUUUUCUUGCUAAGAACUCUGGAGUAUUGAAAGGCAUUGAAAUUAGCCCUAAAAUUGUCACAACUUUUGUGAACACUGCUUUAUGGUUGGAGGUGUUUUAAAAUCUUUAUUUCCUCUCUCUCUCUGUUCUAGUGACUUGACUUGCUCUAAGAUUUUUUUUUUUUUUUUAAAGAAUUGUUGUAUUCAACAUAUAUCAAGUUCUUAUGGAAUGCCAGUCAUGGUACUAGUCCCUUGGGAUGUAGCGGUUGAGUGUGUUCAAUGGAAACAGCCCCAGUAUACAAAGACAGUUCACUGUGGUGUGCUGUAGCACUGGAAAGGGAGUGGUACUAGAUGAAAAUGAAACCCUAAAUAAGACUGCUGGGCCAUGGGUUGCUUCCUCCUCUUCCACCUUAAACCUCUGAUUCCAGAAUUGCAGUCAUUUUCUCCUGCCAGGGAAACCCAUUAAAAACUGCAGCCACACUGCAAAUUCAUAAUGUAAAACAAGAUGUAAAGCAGGUUUUGGGAAAGCAAUCUACCUUUAUUUACUCUUUCCAAGCUGGAAGAGUCCUUCUCCUCUAGUUGCCCCUAGGUCACUGGCUAAUUUCUUAUUUUAAAAUUUAGAUGGAACUCAUAUACAGUUAAGUGCACAAAUCUUAGCCAUGCAGAUGGGUAAUUUUCACAUAGCGAUCUGCCCAUGUCCCUGCCUCUAAGAUACAGACACACACUGUUUUCAGCACCCUACAAGGUUCCCACAUGCCCAUGGCGCCAUUUUGCGAAAGGUAUUUAGAAGGCCUUUCAAAUUUGUGGCUUCCUUUCUCAUACUUCUCAGGUAUAAUAAAAAGGGGAGAAAAACCCUACCCACAAAACAAGGCUAUAAAGAUCGUGUACUUUUUAAAGAGUCAAUUUGUAGUCAGUUCCUGGGCCUCUCUCUCUCUCUUUUUUUUUUUUUUUUAAUUUUGAAGCUACCAGAGGUUUAGAAUUCCUUCAGCCUUAGCUGGUUUUAUUCUCGGUAAACAAAAAGAGGGGGAGGAUUUGAAGGAAACUUAAUUUUCUGUACAAAGGCUUUGAGGUCCAUGGACUAUACUUGUCCCAUUUAUCAUCCCAAGUGGUGCUUUGACCCUGCCAUACCCUGGCUGUUAAGAUAAAAAGGUUUGUGGACAUUAAAAUUAUGAAUAUGCCAGUAAUAAUCCAGCACACAUUGAAAUAUUGACACAGAUUACCAUAAUUUGUGCAACAUCUUAUAAACAAUGUCAAUUUCCAUAGUAGUCUCAGGUUUCACCAGCCUGGCCCACUGUAUCUAGACUUUAGGUUCAUUUUAAUAAUUAUGCUUUCCUUCUCUGUAUCAUUUGGGAAGUUGAUAAAUAUCACUUUCUUAGAUACCUUCAUUCAAUGAUAUGUCUGGCUUUUACAAUUAAAUUGGAAAAGGUAAGUUUCUGUUUGGGUGGGUUGAGAGUUGGACUAUCAAUUCUAAUCUACAAAAGGAAAUUCAUGAUUUCACUCUGACACCUAGGAUCUAGCCAAGGUUAGUCUGCAGUAUCAGAUGGUCAAACUCAUCUACUAUUAGCCGUAUUUUGUGAGUUGUUCAUCUAAACUUUGUCAAAAUGCCUUUGCCAUGAUUUUGUAGCUAUCUGGGUUUCAAACACGGACAGUUAGGAAGAUGUGCAUUGAAGUAGGAAAAUUUUGUUCAGAUUUGCUGUUAUUUAUUUUUUAAAUUAAAAAUGGAAAUGUAUUUUAAAGCUUA